UUGGUGCGUCCCUGCGUGAGCGUUCACGAGCCUAGCGGUCUGACAGUUUUGUACUACUACUACUACGGCGGACAACAAAUGAAUAGCCAUGUCUUCAUCAACGGCCCAUAAAUUUCCCAUUCCCCGGAUACCAUCAACUAACACCACUAAGACAGCGAAAAAAAGAGGAAAGACACUUGUUGAAAGGACAGCUACUAAAAGGGAGGCGGAGAGAGCUCGAAAUAAAACCAGAGUAAACAUCGGCGUGGCUUAUGAGCGAUGGAGAGAGUUACGUGACCUGAGAAACUUAAAAUCGGACGCUGAGAUGGCUACAUUUCUUAUAGACAGUUAUGAGAACCUCACAUCCCCUACUUCAUCCACACCAUGCAAGCGCAGGAGAAACCUGCCUCUUCCCCCAGCUUCAAGCAUACAUUCAGAGACCCUCUUAGACAGAGCCGAUGACUUCUUGGAUGCUGAAGAUGUAGAGGACACCAAUCCUGCCACUACAUUUCAAAGUAUGGAUACAAGUAUUUCUCCACAGGUAACUGACAUUGAAGUCAUAAUUGAAGAAGAAUUUAAUGACAUCCGGAACUCUACACACCAUGAUGACAGUUGGCACCCAGAAAUGGAGAUGGACGAUGGGUCAUCUUCAGAGGAGGAAGAAAUGAUGGGGGAAGACAGCGAAUGCAGUGAUGACAGUGACAUCGAUUACGUGCCUUAUCUCUGUGUGCGUCCAGAUGUGAAUCCUCAUGGAGAACACAGACCUGAGACGCAGGACCAGGAUCACAGAGCAGCAGCUACAGAUGAAACUACAAGACGUCCAGAACCUAAACACAGCAGCUCCCACGAUGAGCCUCAGAAAAAGCCGUCGAAACAAUGCCAGCGGCCUCACAGACUCAAGAAGAACUACGACUGUCCGACCUGCGGGAGAGUUUUCUCCAACAACAUGGCUCUGCGGCGCCACCUUGUGAUCCACUCGGGGAAAAGGCCGUUUAAGUGCUUCAUAUGUGGGAGAGGAUUCACGCAGCGUGGAAACCUGAAAACGCACAUGAAGGUUCACAAAGGAGAGUUACCAAAUUGGACAUUAGUUCAAGAGAAGAGUCCGUCCAAAGAGUCUCCUGCCAUGGUUCACGUGUGUGGAGAGUGCGGCAUGGACUUCCCUCAGAAACAGCAGCUGGAGAAACACCACCAGAGUCACAAGAAGCCGUACGGGUGUGCUGACUGCGGCAAGACAUUCAAAAACGAAUAUUAUUUUAAAAUACACAAACGCAUCCACUCUGGAGAUUCACCGUUCCUCUGCUCAGAGUGCGGGAAGAGUUGUUUCACAGCAGACUCGCUGAAAAAACACGAGUUGACUCACACCGGAGAGAAGAACUUCCACUGCGACCAGUGCGGGAGGUCGUUUUCACAAUCCUCCCACCUCAACGUGCACCGCAAGACUCACACCGGAGAGCGGCCUCACCUCUGCUCAAUCUGCGGGAAAAGCUACUCCAAAGCGUCCAUUCUGAAAGUUCACCUGCGAGUUCACACCGGGGAGAAACCGUAUACUUGUGAGAAAUGUGGCAAGUGCUUCUAUUACUCUCAAGGUUAUCAGAAGCACCUGAAGAUUCACGACAAGAAGCCGAAACCUCAAACAAAACCGCUGGGGAGACCAAAACAACAGCCUUUAGUGGUAAAUAAUCAAUGAUUUAUUCUGGGAAUUCACAAUAGUCUAAAACAAUAUAAACUGUAAAGAAAAUACUUUUAAUUUUGCCCAUAUUUUUGUAUAGAAAUUGUUUUUCUGUCAUGUCUCUAUCAAAAGCAGAUCAUUUAUAGUAUCACUUUUUAUUGAAAUAACAUUAUGAAGAACAUGAACCAAGAUUUUUUCCAACUUGUUAACAUCAGUGUGCUCUUGUUUCUUAAUAGGAGACAUUUUGCUUCUUCAUUGCAGGAAAUGCACAAGAGGGUGUCAUAAGAUUAAUUAUGACACAAUGCAUCAGUCAGUAAUGCCAUUAAUAACACCUGUAUC